AUGAAUCUAGUCAACAGUGUGAGCCUGUUUAUGGAGAUCGUCCUAGUCGUCUUCGGUAUCCCGGGCAACGUCAUCAUCAUCGUGGUUUCCUACCUGUACGCUCGGAGGUCCAGCACUGAUCUUCUCAUCGGCUUUCAAGCCGUGAUCGAUCUCCUCGCCUCUAUAUGUGCCUUUUAUUCCAUUGUCAUGAUAACAGGACCCGAUCAUGUCACUGACACCUUCUGUAAGAUAAAGGCAUUUUCACUUCGUUAUGUUCGAUAUACGUCCCUUUUCUUCAUGGCGGCAAUAGCUCUUGAUCGUUUCCGUGUCGUAUGCCGUCCGCUCGAUCAGCGCUGGUCCUGGAAAUCAGUACAUAUUGUUAUUCUGGUGCUUUUCUGCAACAUGCUGGGAAUCGCCAUCAGCGUCCCCCUCGCUCUAGUGAUAGUUCCGCGCCAAUUUGUUUCCGGUGUACGAUGUGUCCGAUCCGUAAAUCAAUUCCCUUUCUUUGAUCUUAUCUACGCUAUCAUCACCACGAUGCUGUUCUUCAUAGCGUUGUUAGUCACCAGUGCUCUGUACCUGAAGGUGUUUCAGGUCAUACGGAAACAGAAUCGGAUCCGCGCGACUAUGGCAGCGCCUCCUCUGUCUGAGACUGUGAACAAUGCCCCUGCGGAAGGGUCUUCAGACAAUGGCGCCACAAGUCACCAUGUCCAAGGAAUUAGCACGGUAUCUGGAGGAAACUCCACACAGGAGAUGACGGAAGUUGUUCAAUCAGGUGUGGUCCCAAGAAGACGACCACUGUUGCUCUUUAAGGGUGCCUGGCGCGUGGCUCCGGAUGAACGACGGGAAGACUGCAUAGUUGAAAUGAACGGACUAGGGUCAGCCAACCAACCUCCUAUGGAAGACCAAUCGUCAAUUGAACAGCAGCAACAUGAUGAGCUUCUACAACCAAAGCAAUUAAAGACGAUGAAUCUACUAACACCCAAUGAUCACGAGGGAGACAUUAACCACUCACAGAUGAUAAGGCUAGGAUCACCAGGACAAAACCCCCAAGAUACGCGCCUACAGAAGAAGAAGAAGAAGAAGACGACGAUGCAGGCAGCCGCUCGCAAAGAACGGCAGACGACAGUCAUGCUACUCGUCAUCACCAUCAUCUUCUUUGUAUCCUGGCUGCCAGGAAUCAUCAUCACUCAUAUCCCGAGUCAGGCCCUCAGGGCUUUUCGAAUAAGCGCCUUCAACAAUCUGCUCGUGAUUGUUGGUUAUGCCCUUCGUAACAUCAACCAUAUCGUCAACGUGUUCAUCUAUACUCUCAUGAGCAGACGGUUCAAGCAGCAGUGUACACAAGUCAUCAGGAAACUUCUACGCAGAAGGCAACAUUAA